AUGCGACUAAAGCGUUACUAUAUUAUGCAAUUGAACGAUGCUAAAUGGAUUGCAGUGACGAUUGAUAUGUGGUCAUCCGAUCCCAAAUUGAAUUUCAUCACAAUAACAGCCCAUUAUACUGAUGAACAAUUUGUUGUACAGCAUUCGGUUUUGGAAACAUUGGAUUUUGUCGGCGAGCACUGCAAUGACAAUAUUCCUGAACGUAUUAAAGAUGCCCUGGUUCGAUGGGAUAUGCUAUCCUCCAUCAUCUGUGUUGUGACUGAUAAUACGCAUACAAUGCUCAAAGUUGGACGUAAAUUGGGACUCGACAGCUGUGUUUGUUUUUCUGAUUUUCUUCAAACCGUUGUGAAAGUUUGCACCGAUGAACCGAAUAUUGCAGCUCAAUUGUUAAACGUUGAAAAGACUGUCUCUCAUAUCAGAAUUUCUCAGCAGUCGAGUGAUGAUUUACACGCAGCUCAAAAGAAACUCUCUUUAACACCACAUGAUCUCGUACACGACGCACAAACUUAUUGGCACAGUAGCUUUUAUACGCUCCAGCGAUUUGUUCGUGAGGAACAACCUUUGUCAUUAUUGUUUGUCAACCAGGAUUUCUUAAAUCGUCUGAAAUCUACAAGUAUCGUCACCGGCAUUGAUUUUCAAGUAUUGAAAUUAUUAUUAAAACUGUUAGAACCUCUUGAAGAGCUUACGCGUGAAGUAUCAUCAGCUACAACUGUGACCCUCUCGUUGGUUUUGCCAUUCUUAGUGGAAAUUAUGAACUUAUUAGAACCGGAUUCGUCGGUCCUUGAUAAAAUGAAAACAUCUAUGAAAACUCAGUUAGAAAAAUGGUUCACCAAGCCAUUCACAAAUAAAUUUUAUUUGUUAGCCUGCAUUCUCGAUCCACGCUUUAAACAUUUUACAUUCGCUGAUCUCAAUAAUUUUUCAA